AUGGAAUGGGAUCCUUAUGAGAAUCGGCAGCCACGUCCUCCACCUGGUCCUCCUCCGCCUCCGUCACCAAAGGUCUCCAGUUGGGACUUUUUGAAUCCGUUUGAUGCGUUUGAUACUGGGUACACUGGUUAUUAUUCGCAGGGGACAUAUGGGUAUGGGUCGAUUGCUAGUAGUCCAGAUUCGAAUGAAGUGAGAGAAAGGGAGGGUAUUCCUGAUUUGGAAGAAGAAACAGAGAUCAGGGCCUAUGGGGACAUUUACAAGGGGAAGAAGGUGAAUGAAGAUGUUAAGAAAAGUUCAGGUGAGAGAGCAAGAGCUGUGCCACCACAAAAUAGUGACGGCAGUUCAAGGGCAGUACCAUCUCAGCCAAGUGAGGGCAAUUCAAGGCCAGGACCACCACAAAAUAGUGAGUCCACACAAUCAGUUGAUGUGAAUGAAGAAAAGAGCAGUCCUGAUACAAUUGUAUCAAUGAGCACGGAAGAUGGCAUAGCAAGGAAGAAGCGGGUAAGUUUUGAGGUAGAGGAGGCAUCGAUGAAUGAUGCUGAAUCCUCAAAGUUUAGUAGUUUAACCAUAUUGUCCACUCCUGGAACUCGGGAUCUUCAGGGGGUUGUUAGUGAAAUCAGGGAUGAAUUUGAGAUUGCCUCUAGUCAUGGGAAGGAGGUUGCACUGAUGCUUGAGGUUGGCAAGCUGCCUUAUCAGCCUGGGUUCGCAAAAGUUACAAGUACCUGUAAUGAUGAUGUUGAAUCAUUGCUAUCAUUGUCUCAAUAUAGGUUGGGACUUGAUAUUUGCAAAUUAUCAAUAAAUGCGAUUUCAUUUGGGAAUAUUGGUCCUUUAUGGAGGUUGUUUGAAAAGUAA